CGUGCGCAAGUGGCGAUGACGUCUUGACUGAGUAAUCUUUUUAUCGAUUGAUUUUUCAUAAAUUCAAUUGUGGUUUCGUCGCGGCAGAACUCCGUUCUCGGGCGGAUGUGACGAGCCCUAGUUUUUUAGUUAAAUUAUUUGUGUGUAGUGUAAAAAGUUGCAAAAAUGGGGUCGUUGUUUAGGAGUGAGGAAAUGACUUUGUGUCAACUAUUUCUUCAAAGUGAAGCAGCAUAUGCCUGCGUGUCUGAACUGGGUGAAUUAGGGCUGGUACAAUUUCGCGAUUUAAAUCCAGACGUGAACGCAUUUCAACGGAAGUUUGUAAAUGAAGUCCGUCGCUGCGAUGAAAUGGAACGCAAACUCCGUUACCUGGAGAAGGAGAUCCGGCGCGAUGAUAUCCCUAUGCUGGAGAUACCAGGGGAGUGUCCAGAAGCACCGCAACCCAGGGAGAUGAUUGAUCUUGAGGCCACCUUCGAGAAGCUUGAGAACGAACUGCGUGAAGUGAACCAAAAUGCCGAGGCCCUGAAGAGAAAUUACUUGGAGCUCACCGAGUUGAAGCAUAUUCUAAGAAAAACGCAAGUAUUCUUCGACGAACACGAGGGCGGGGCGAACCCCACUGACUCCAUGACGCGCGCCCUGAUAUCCGACGAUCCGAACAAACAGAUCGGACAAGUCCAACUAGGUUUUCGGGAUAAACAAGAAUCCCUGGAAUUCCUGCCUUGCUUCGUCGCCGGCGUGAUACUACGCGAGAGGAUCCCCGCCUUCGAGCGCAUGCUGUGGAGGGCGUGCCGCGGCAACGUGUUCCUGCGCCAGGCCGAGAUUGAUACACCGCUGGAGGAUCCGGCUUCGUCGGACGAGGUGUACAAGUCGGUAUUCAUCAUCUUCUUCCAAGGCGACCAGCUGAAGACGCGCGUGAAGAAGAUAUGCGAGGGGUUCCGCGCCACGCUCUACCCGUGCCCCGAGGCGCCCGCCGACCGCCGCGAGAUGGCCAUGGGCGUGAUGACCAGGAUUGAGGACCUUAACACGGUCCUCGGCCAAACCCAGGACCACAGACACCGCGUGCUCGUGGCCGCGGCCAAGAACAUCAAGAAUUGGUUCGUCAAGGUUCGCAAGAUCAAGGCCAUCUACCACACCCUGAAUCUGUUUAACCUGGACGUCACUCAGAAGUGCCUCAUCGCGGAGUGCUGGGUGCCAGCCCUAGAUAUGGAGACCAUACAGCUCGCGCUAAGGAAGGGCACGGAGCGCAGCGGUAGCUCUGUACCGCCGAUCCUCAACCGUAUGGAGACUCUCGAGGACCCACCGACAUACAACCGCACCAACAAGUUCACGUCCGCCUUCCAGAACCUCAUCUACGCGUAUGGUACCGCCACCUAUCGCGAGGUUAAUCCAGCACCGUACACAAUAAUCACAUUCCCGUUCCUGUUUGCGGUGAUGUUCGGCGACCUGGGUCACGGCGCGCUCAUGGCCGCCUUCGGCUUCUGGAUGUGCUACAAGGAGAAGCCGCUCCAGGCCAAGAAGAUCGACAGCGAGAUUUGGAACAUCUUUUUCGGCGGGCGCUACAUCAUCCUACUCAUGGGUCUGUUCUCGAUGUACACGGGGCUGAUAUACAACGAUAUAUUCUCCAAAUCCCUAAACAUAUUCGGGUCGUCGUGGCGCAGUAACUACAACGCUUCGGAUCUGCGCGACCACAAGCUGCUUCAGCUCAACCCUGACUCCGAUGACUACACGCAGACGCCGUAUCCGUUUGGAAUUGAUCCCGUUUGGCAGCUUGCCGAGGCGAACAAGAUCAUCUUCAUGAACGCGUACAAGAUGAAGAUCUCCAUCAUCAUUGGCGUGUUCCACAUGCUGUUCGGUGUCUGCAUGUCGCUAUGGAACCAUCUGUACUUCAAGCGUCGCAUCAGCAUCUACAUGGAGUUCAUCCCUCAGAUCCUGUUCCUGACGCUGCUGUUCUUCUAUAUGGUGCUGCUCAUGUUCAUCAAGUGGACGUCGUACGGCCCCAACCCUGGAAACUUCGGCAGCCAGGAGUCAGAGUACGUGAAGCGCAGUGCUUUCUGUGCGCCGUCUAUCCUGAUCACGUUCAUCAACAUGAUGCUGUUUAAGACUGACGAGAACACGCGCCCGCAGUGUGACGUCACCAUGUACGCCGGACAACUCUUCCUGCAGAAGCUGUUCGUGAUUUGCGCGUUGCUGUGCGUGCCGGUGAUGCUGUUCGGCAAGCCCUACUACAUCAUGAAGGAGCAGAAGCAGCGUGCCGCGGCUGGUCACCAGAGCAUCGAGGGUGCUGCUGAGAACGGCACGGCAGGCGGCGCCCCUGUCCCCGCAUCCGCUCACCACGAUGAGGAAAUCUCUGAGGUCUUCAUACACCAGGCCAUCCACACGAUCGAGUACGUGCUGGGUAGCGUAUCACACACGGCGUCGUACCUGCGGCUGUGGGCGCUGUCGCUGGCACAUGCGCAACUCGCUGAGGUCGCAUGGAACAUGCUGCUGCGGAAAGGUCUGAUGGUGGCGGGCUACCAGGGUGGUAUAUUCCUAUACGUGGUGUUCGCGGGCUGGGCGGCCAUCUCCGUCUCCAUUCUGGUGCUGAUGGAGGGGCUGUCCGCUUUCCUGCACACCCUGCGUCUGCACUGGGUCGAGUUCCAGAGCAAAUUCUACGCCGGCGAGGGCUACCUCUUCCAGCCAUUCUCCUUUGAAGUCAUCCUGGACUCUGCUGGCACUAGCGAGGAGUAAUGCGUGUGACUAUUGCUGUUUCAAUCGUAAAAAAGUAUCGUGUAGCGUUCGAUUUGAAUCUAUAAUUUAAUCGUUGAAUGUUUAUCUGUAGUCGUGAAUUCCAAAUUUGAAUAUUAACUUUUUUCGUCUGCCGCACAAAAAUAAUGCCGAAUGUAAUGUAGUGGCAGAUUCUCAGUUUAGAGAUUGAAAGGCGUUUGUAGGACUAUUUAAAGUAAUAAAGUAUAAUCUACUCUGCUUAAUAUAUUUAUCUUAUAUAGCAUAGUUUGUCGUAAACAAAAAGAUUUUAAUAGAUUAAUUUCCCUGAGGUAAAGCAGGACUUUGCCAUUUAAUAUCAAUAAUUUAUUUUAAAGAAUAAAGCGAUGAAGAGUGAAUUAGAUACGAUAUGAUUUUAAUGGCAUAAAUAGUACACAAGCAUCUUGCUUUAAAGAAGAGUAGUUAAAUUUUAAUAAAUCAAAAUAAUGUUGAUGUUUUUUAUUUGUUUUUUUUAUAACUCAUUUUAUAAGUUCAAAUGUACUUAAUGCUUGUAGUAAAUUCAGUUUUGAGGCUCUCUCUACACAAAAAUGUACCUAUAGAUCAGUUGAUGUUGCAUUUUAGUAAAAACAAGUGCUAAUUGUAACCGAUGUAGCUUCAGUAUGAAUAAAUAAUUUCCCUAGCACA